GCGGAACCCAUCUUUACGGGUUCUAUCACACCACCGAUACAACCAUCCGUCAAGCUACAUCAAACCCUAGAUACCUCCAUCUCCCCUCCCCCGAUCUCUCUAGUUGUUUAAUAUAAAGAUGGUUUCGGAAGCCAGCAAGAAGAAGGCUGCUCAAAAGAAGGCGGCCGCUGCGGCCAAGCGAGGUGGCAAAGCAGUAGCAACCUCCUCAAAAACGGCAGCGGCGACGGCGGCGGCGUCUGAUUCGCAGAAUGAAGGUGUUGAUAAGUUGUCGAAUGGAGUUGGAGCCCUUCAGAUAUCCGAUCGGACUUGUACAGGCGUCCUCUGUUCCCAUCCUCUUUCCAGAGAUAUUCGAAUCGAGUCGUUGUCAGUUACUUUUCAUGGACAUGAUCUCAUUGUAGAUUCUGAGCUGGAGCUUAACUAUGGCAGACGAUACGGAUUACUUGGUUUAAAUGGAUGUGGGAAAUCAACCCUCCUAGCUGCCAUAGGGUGUCGGGAACUUCCAAUUCCAGACCACAUGGACAUAUAUCACCUCACCAGGGAGAUCGAAGCCUCUGACAUGUCCUCACUUGAGGCUGUGAUAAGCUGUGAUGAGGAGAGGUUGAAAUUGGAGAAGGAAGCCGAAGUCUUGGCAGCAAAGGAUGAUGGAGGUGGAGAAGCUCUUGAUCGUAUUUAUGAGCGUUUGGAGGCCAUGGAUGCAUCAACUGCUGAGAAACGUGCUGCUGAAAUUUUGUAUGGUCUUGGGUUUAACAAGAAAAUGCAAGAAAAGAAAACUCGAGAUUUUUCUGGUGGCUGGAGAAUGAGAAUUGCACUAGCUCGGGCUUUGUUCAUGAACCCAACUAUCCUCUUGCUUGAUGAGCCAACCAAUCAUCUUGAUCUAGAAGCCUGUGUCUGGUUGGAGGAAACUUUGAAGAAGUUUGACCGCAUUCUAGUUGUGGUCUCACAUUCCCAGGAUUUCUUGAAUGGUGUCUGCACAAACAUUAUCCAUAUGCAAAACAAGAAAUUGAAAAUCUACACUGGUAACUUCGAUCAGUAUGUUCAGACCCGUUCUGAACUGGAAGAAAAUCAGAUGAAACAAUACAAGUGGGAGCAGGAUCAAAUUGCUUCCAUGAAGGAGUAUAUUGCCCGAUUUGGGCAUGGGUCAGCAAAAUUAGCUCGCCAGGCACAGAGCAAGGAGAAAACUCUUGCAAAAAUGGAGCGGGGUGGACUUACAGAAAAGGUUGCGAGAGACAAGAUUCUGGUCUUUCGCUUUGUCAAUGUUGGAAAGCUCCCACCACCGGUGCUUCAGUUUGUGGAAGUAACCUUUGGCUACACACCUGAUAAUCUCAUCUAUAAGAGUAUUGACUUCGGUGUUGAUCUGGACUCUAGGAUUGCGCUGGUUGGGCCAAAUGGUGCUGGGAAGAGUACCCUACUGAAGCUUAUGACGGGUGAUUUGGUUCCUUUAGAUGGUAUGGUUCGGCGGCACAAUCACUUGAGGAUUGCACAAUUUCACCAGCACUUGGCUGAGAAGCUUGACUUGGAAAUGUCUGCCCUCCAGUAUAUGAUUAAAGAGUAUCCAGGGAAUGAGGAGGAAAGAAUGAGGGCAGCUAUUGGGAAGUUUGGGUUGACAGGCAAGGCCCAGGUGAUGCCCAUGAAGAACUUGUCAGAUGGGCAGAGGAGCAGGGUGAUAUUUGCUUGGCUGGCGUAUAGGCAGCCCCACUUGCUACUGCUGGAUGAGCCAACAAACCAUUUGGAUAUUGAGACGAUUGACUCUCUGGCCGAGGCAUUGAAUGAGUGGGAUGGGGGUCUGGUUCUUGUUAGCCAUGAUUUCAGGCUCAUAAAUCAGGUAGCAGAGGAGAUUUGGGUAUGCGAAAAUCAAGCUGUUACCCGGUGGGAGGGUGACAUUAUGGACUUCAAGAAGCACCUCAAGAUGAAGGCCGGUUUGUCUGAUUAAAGGUAGAACACAGGAUGUAUUUGGAGAUCUUAUCAUAUUAUCUGCGUGCUUUGGCCUAUGGUUUGUCUAUCACUUUCUGUCCCAACAGCUGCAUAUUCGCAAUGUUGGGCUUUCUGGAUGACGACACAUCCCAGGCAGAAUAGUGAUGAAUGCUUGUAGAGGAGGACUGGUUAGGUGACAAGACUUGGUUAUGAUUUCAGCCGAUGACUAUCUUAUCCUCUGUGCUCAUUACUAGGGAGUAUAUUUGUUUUCCUUGACUACGUAGAGGCGCCCCGCCCUAGUGGACUUGGUUGUUUACCAAGAAGAUAUACUUAUACAAGUUAGAGGUGAUGCCAAUGUGAACCUGAUCCCCUUGUCCAUGCCUUAGUUAUAUGUGGAUGUACUUGAGAAAUUGCUUAUUAUAUGGUACCUUGUUUCUUAUCGGUC